AUGCAUCUUGGCCAGAAGAGAUCUGGAUUUGACGAAUGGCCUAGCCUUUGGAUGGGGUUAUUUCUCAACCAAUUUUACCUUAUAUUUUGUCUCUUUUUUCCCCAUUCCUUUCCUGAUCAGGUCUGGACUGAUGCCGCGACACAGAUCUUCUUUUCCAUCGGAGUGGGGUUCGGCGUGCACGUGGCCUAUGCCAGUUAUAAUGACUUCCACAAUAAAAUAUAUAGAGACUGCUUAAUAGCCGCCGGAGUGAACAGUUUCACUAGCCUCUUUUCAGGCUUCGUUGUGUUUGCGUAUCUGGGAUAUUUAUCAGAAAUGGAAAACUUGCCCAUGGAGAAAGUUGUCGAUGAAAGUAGGUCUUCAUCCUAA